AUGCAGACCGGUCAGGUGCUCUCGAUCUCCCCGAGCUUCAGUAGCUACUCCAAUAGUAAACUCGUAGAAAUUGCAGCUCGGGUAGUUGAAGAAUUCAAUGAAGAACAGUCCAAUUCUGAAGAAUUUUAUCAAAAAACUGAAGAAGAAUAUGAAGCAGAUUCGAAAAAUGACGUUGAUGAAGAAUUUGAGUUUUCAUUUGUGACCAGUGAUUCUGAGUUUUCGUCUUCAAUUUCGGCUGAUGAAAUCUUCUUCAACGGCCAGAUCCGACCCUUCUUCCCCAUUUUCAAUAAAGACUUAUGGGUCGAAAAUUCGGAUUCUUCGUCUCAGGCUCCGAUUAGGCUUCCAUUGAGGAAGCUUUUCAUUCAGAGUGAAACGACGUCUUCUUCGUCAUCGGAGGUGGAUGAUCUGCACGAAGUUCCGACGGAAACCUAUUGCACGUGGAGGCCAAAGUCGUCGGCGGCGGAAGGGCGGUGUAAGAAGAGCAACUCCACUGGCUCUCCUAAGAGGUGCACGUUUAAAGACCUUUUGAACAGGAGCCACAGUGAUGGCGAUCAGAGUACUUCAGUCAUUUUUAAAUCCAAGCAAACAAAAGGAAAAUCAGAAAAAGGGAGUAGAAACGCCGGUUGUCGGUGGCGGGAAAGCUAA